UCUCACCGCUCUGCCCGCGCCCUGCAGGUGCUUGCGUUUAUUCCCACAAGGUUCCUUCCGCUAGCUCGAGCACAAGGGUCAUCAACCAACCACCCAAUUGCCUCCAGUGGAAUACAGCACGUACCCAUAAAUUAAGUACUAAUGGCCACCAUACAUCAAAGAGACGAGCUUGAGCUUGAAACGAAUAGAGCUGGGCCUUGUGGGAACCAAUUCAAGUACUAUAAUAUCAUCAACUCGAGUCUAGCUGCCUGUCUUUUAACACUUGCUUACCAAGCUCGUUCAGAUGGCAUGUGCUUGUGCCUUGAAGACCGCAACACCACCAGCGCCAGACCCAGAGCCUAGUCUUUAUUUUACUCUUAGAGUUGCAAUUAGUUUUGUUGAUCAGAUCAGGUGGGAGCAAUGUGUAGAUGGACAUACACAUCUUUGGCUCAAGCAUAUCGCUGGCCCGCCUGGCCUGAGCUUGAUCACUUCUUCAGGGGCACCACAACUGAGGCUCCUUCAGUUCAGUGGCACUAGUACUAUAUCACUAGAGACUUCAAUACUGAAUGAGCCCAUUCGCUUGCCAAGUCCAGCAGCCAAACCAAAUGUAAUCCUUUGAUCCCACCCUCACUCCUAUCAACUCCAGACAUAGCUGCAGAGGUCGAAUGGAUGUCCAGUGUUGUUAGCACUCUCAAACUUGCCUGUCGUACAGCCUUGCACGCUGCUCUCUCUACUCUGUUUUUAAUGGAGUGGUAAAAUCUAUCUUUAACAUAUAGAGCACAUGUUAGUAGAACAACUGUUUAGCAGAGCCUUGGGCUAAUGUAUCAAAAUACAUGUUGUAUUCCUCUUAAAAAGACCAGCGAGCCUCUCCCCGAUAGGUACAGAGUAUAUUAUGGGGCGACAGGAGUUACUUUUCCUAUUGGUUAUUAUUACUAGUUAUUUGUAGCUGUCCAUUUUUUGAGUCUGUGUGACAAGUGGAGCUAAUAGCCUGAUUAUUAUUACUGCAGAACUACUUUUGGCUUUGUGCAGCUGCCUAGUGCUUUCGCCUCACACUUGUGCUUUUCAAGCAAAGCAGAUAUACCGCGUUAGCUUUGUCUAAUCGCUGAUUAAUUAACACUCGCUUACCAAGCUCAUUCACAUGGCAUGUCCUUGUGCCGGCCAUCUGGCCUUGAAGACCGCAACGCCACCAGCAUGAGACCCGCAGCUGGCCCAGUCUUGUUUUAACUAUUGCUUAAUUUGCUUGGGUAGCGAUUAGUUCAGUUGAUGAUUUGUACCUGCUGAUCACCAAUACAAAUUGGGAGACAUCAUAUAGCAUAGCAAGUAAAGGUAGUAGCUCAUAUCUAGAUACACACACACACACACACAUCUCUCUUGUUUAUAUGGACCAACGCCUACAUGCCACUAAAUAGCUCGCACCUUUUACUAAUUACUCCCUCUGUCCCACAAUAUUAGAUGUUUUUGCAAGCUAACACCUCCGUCCCACAAUAUUAGAUGUUUUUGCAAGCUAUGUUAGCUUGCAAAAAUGUCUUAUAUUGUGGGACGGAGGGAGUACAUGUUAGUAGAGCAGUUGUUGACCAAAGUCUUGGCUUAACACAUCGGCGGUUUACAUGACAUUUUCAUAUUUUGUGAUUCAACCUUAUCCAAUAGUUUGACCAAUAACACAUGAGCCAUAUGUCAUAAUAAUUAUAGCAUUGGAAACUUUAUUCGAGUACAAAUUCAGUGACAUGUUUGUUGUGGCGGAUACCCUGCAUUUUGUUGGCCAAACCAAUUUCGAAUCUCAAAAUACGUGAAGGCCAAGUACACUGGAUGGAGGGAGAAGUUUAUCUGUAGCACAUGACAGCCACUAGCCUAUCUUUUUAAAUCCAUGUGACAAGUGCAGCUAUCCCGCUAAUACUUAAUUAGUAUACUACUUACUCCCUCCAUUCCAAAAUAGAUGAUCCAAGUUUGUACUAAAGUUAGUACAAAGUUGAGUCAUCUAUUUUGGAACGGAGGGAGUACUAGAUAACAAUGAGCAUCCAAUGUACAUCAGAUCCGUUUGAGGACGAAACACUCACUAACUCGCCCUCUCUCUGCCGCUUGCUCUCUUCUCCCUGCCUUCGCCCCCUGCUGCUUUGCUUCAUCUCCUCCCCCUUGCCUGCAUCUCCGUCGCCGAGAGACUCUCGGCGACGGCAGCACCUGGAUCUGGACCGCCGCACAUCACAAGGUAUCAAGGUAGACUCUCUCUCUUGUGCCACUAGAUAUUUUGGUAUCUAGUGGUCAAAACCAAACAUUUGAAGACAUAGGUUUGAGCAAUUUAAAUGAGUUAGUCAUCCAUGGAUUUUUCAGAGAGGAGAAACCUAAUUAUGGUAUGCGUUAUGUUAUGCAUGACCUACUGCAUGAUUUGGCAUUGAAGGUUGCAUCUUAUGAUUGUCUUAGUUUACGUCUCCCUAGUGUUGGAUCAAUGGAGAUUCAGCCAACCACCUGUCACUUGUCUAUAAGCACAGAUGACUUAGGGAAAUAUGAUGAAGUGUCUGGUGAAAAAUUAAAGAGUGAAUUGGAAGAACUGAAGACAAGAUUUAAGGUUGAACAUUUACAUACAUUGAUGUUAUUUGGAAAAUUGGAUGAAGGUUUUGUCAAGAUAUUUGGUGAUUUUUUUGGGAAAGUGAAUGUUCUUCAUGUUCUUCGUUUGCCCAGCAUGCUUUGUUCAGUGGAGUCAAUGUUACAUAACUUUUCAGGACUAGUCCACCUACGAUACCUAUGUUUAGGGACAGAUGAGAGUCAGAUGCAUUUACCACUUAGCAUCUCAAAAUUUUAUCAUUUAAGAAUUUUAGAUCUUCGAUUGUGGGGUGGCAGUCAUGAUUUGCCCGAAAACAUGAGCAACCUUGCCAAAUUAUGCCAUUUUUAUGUCCCAUAUAAUGGGCUUCAUUCUGAUAUUUAUUGUGUGGGAAAACUUAAACUCUUAGAAGAGUUAAAGGUAUUUGAAGUUAACAAAAAAAGCGAAGGGUUUGAACCACAGCAACUAGAGCACUUGACAAAGCUAAGGGAGCUUGGCAUCUACAACCUUGAGAAGAUAGAUACUGUAGAAGAAGCAGGUCAAGCAAAACUGAUGGAGAAAAAAUAUUUGAGGAAGUUAACAUUGGAAUGGGAUAGUGGGCGGACAAGUGUUGAGCCUGGUGUGGAAGCAGUGGUUCUUGAGAGACUUCAACCACAUGGAGAUAUUCAAGUGUUGUGCAUUAGAGGGCACGGAGGCCCUUCUUGUCCAACAUGGCUGGGUGAUGACUUCACUGUUGAGGCUCUACAAUUUCUUUAUCUUGAUGGUGUUUCUUGGGAUGUUUUCCCUUCUUUAGGGAAGGCGUGGGAUCUUCGUGAACUGAGGUUGGAGGACAUUACUGGACCGAAGGAGUUUAUUAUAGAGGAGAGCUUUUGCAUGCUAAUAAAGCUUGAACUCAUUAGCCUAGGAAGUUUUCGAAAAUGGCUUUACCCAGCCAAAGAAGGCUCUUCCCUGGGUGGAGACUUGUUGCCACUGGAUACUCAUAUGUUCCCUCUUUUGCAAGUGCUGAUUAUUAGAGAUUGCUCAAAACUCUUGGGGUUUCCUUUCUCAAACCACAUUGUUUCCCCAGAUUGGUUUCCGAAACUACAAGAGCUUGAGGUACUAUACUGUCCAGAAUUCUCGUCAGUGAUUCCCAUCUCCUGGAUUGAAAGUUUGUGUUCUGUCACGAUGAAAUCUGUAAAGCAACUAGAGAAGUUUGCAUACUCAAAAUCAUCUGAUGGAGCAGAAUUGGAAAUUAUUGGAAAGGGUGAUCUGCGUAGCUUAGACCAAGUGUUAGUUUUUGAUAAAGACACAGGUCUUGGGGAACUGACACUGGAGAUGUGCCCACCUCUGGAGUUGAAGCACCUUCUGAUGCUAACGUCACUGAAGAAAUUGAUUGUAAAAAGCUCAGAUGAUCUGGUUGGACUACUAGGAGGCCAGGGUGAUGUGGAAAGGCAGCUCCCACUUUGGUUUCCCAAACUACAAAAGCUUGAGAUAUGGGACUGUCCAGAAUUCUCGUCAGUGAUUCCCAUCUCUUGGAUUGAACGUCUACGCUGUGUCACGAUACGAUGUGCAAAGAUGCUAAAGGAGUUUACGUACUCAAAAUCAUCCAAUGGAGCAGAAGUGGAAAUUAUUGGAGAGAGUGAUUUGCAUAGCAUAGACCAAGUGUUAAUUUUUGAUAAAGAAACAUGUCUUGAGAAGCUCACACUCAACAGGUGCCCACGUCUGGAGUUGAAGCACCUUCUGAUGCUAACCUCCUUGAAGACAUUGUUUGUAUUUCAUUCAGAUGCUCUGGUUGGGCCACUAGGAGGUCAGGGUGAUGUGGAAUGGCAGCUCCCUAUUGAGCAUAUGCGGAUCUGGGACUUAAAUGGUAAUAGUGGGGAGGAAUUGACAGAUCUCCUCCCCCACCUCCCAAAGCUCUCCAAAUUGGAAAUAGAUGAGUGUAAAACAUAAAGGAACGCCCUUUCAACAUAAAGGAGCACCCGUCUGCAGCUUCUUCUCUUCUGCCCUCACCAAGCUGGAACUUUAUGGGUGGGACUACAAAGGGAUGAAGCGCUUCAGCAGGGAGCAAGAGAACGCCCUUCUGCUCCUCCUCCCUGCAGGGCUGCGCAACUUUACCGGCCUCAAGGAAUUAUCAAUCAACCACUGUCCAAGCAUCUCGUCAUUACCCAACGAUGGCCUCCCCAAAUUACUGCAAGAGCUAAAUGUCAGAUGGUGCUCCAACCAGGAGCUAAAACAGCAGUGGAGGGGGUUAAUGGGAACCAUCCCCAAAGUCAUGAUAGACUUCUGAUCCAAGUGUUAGGGACCAAUGGAUCAUCUGGCAUAAUUUUGGAAAACAACGGAUUGUCAGUGUUUUGCUGCUGAUCAUGUUUGAAGUUUUGCCAUCCAGGAUCUUCAGAAGAAUAUCAGUGCAUGUGUGGAGCCAGUUUAGAGCAUAGGCAGCAGUAGCACUCUCAAGUGAAUCAGGAUGUCGAUUAAUGCCGGGAAUUUACUUGGUGCCCCCAACUAUUUACAUGCGAAACCUGCCUAUCUACUGAUGGGACUAUGAAUCUCCUCGGAAGAAAAAGAUUGAGUUCGGGGAAAGUGUGCCAAAUCCAUCUUAAGCGCAUGCUGGUCGCUGUGGAGUUGCUGCAGCCAUUGCCAAUAGCAUCCCCCAAAGCGCAUUGUCAAGCUGUUGUUGCAUAUGAUAUUUUCGAAGGUAUCCCCGUGUUUGCUGCUGCAUUGUGCAAGAAAAGGAUCAAGGCCAUAAUGGCAAACAAGAAAGAUUACCAUUUCCUUAAUGUGCAGAUGACAGCCUUUCAUCACGAAAAACUGACACUGCAAAGGUGUGAGUAAUUGGUGAAGGUUUUGUACUCACGGUUCUCGCCAAGAACUGCAACUCCAGCAGAACGUUUAUUCAUGUGAGAAUUGGAGUGCUGCCAAGGAAUUGAAUUGCGAGUCUACGGAAUAAGAAUGCUAAUGAAGAAGAAGCCUUUCCUAGAAACAACCAGACUGCAUCUUCUGAAGAAAUCGACACUUCUCAUGUUAUCUGAAGAAAUCGACACCCAACGGUUAUCUUCAAUCAAAUCUAACAGCAACGUACCACCACUUUCCACGGAGUUCCGACACACUGCCACACCCUUGAUCGUGCAUCCAACGGCUCUGAAGACUAGAGCUGCCACUAUUUGAAUUACUUUUACUGUCUCCUUGUUCAGCAGCUUUUACAUUAUUAGCAUUAUAAAAGCUACCUUUCACUAGCUCAAAAAAGAAGUUACCUUUCACUGGUUGUAACGGGUACAAAACGCCAGAUCGAUCUGAUAGCCCUGGAGCUCAACUUCCUGUACUUGGGGUAAAUCCCAGCCGCCAUGUCCUGGCUGGCGUGAACGUGUAUCCUUAAUUCACUAUAUAUUCUCUGUCACGGCCAUCCUCUGAAUUCACCUGGCUGCUAGGUGUGAUCUGAGAGUAAUUUAGUUUUGUCAACUAGUUGGGUCUUGUCACUCCUUUGCUGCUACUUGUUCCUCUCAGGAGAAGAAUGCUGCUGAUCUCAUCUGGCUUGCUUGAAGCCAUGACCUUCAGUUGUGUUCUGGAAAUCCUGUAGAUCAUCGCCAAAUUAGGGCCCAAGAUAUCAUCAUCACCAUAGGAGAGGAGAGGAGUACCAUUUUACUGCAUUUUGUGCAUCGAGCGGCUCAAGAUGCUCGUCAAAUAUAUGAGCUUCUUUUCUUCUCCAUGAACUGCAUGGUCUUGUGCUUCAGAACUGGUAGCAGCUGUUAACUUUGUGAUGUUGUACACAAUGAAGUUUCUCUUUUGAAGUGAUGAAACAUCUUAGACAUGCUACAUAUAAAUUAUCAUUGUCAUCAUCUGAUGAGACA